UCUUUAUCUACAAGUAAUUAACUUUUCACCUAUAGACACAUCAUUCUCCAUUGUUGACUCUGCGUUUCAUUCUGUUCCAUCUAUUUUCAAUCUUUCUUACUAACUGUCUACCAUAAUGCAAGCAAACAUGCACUGCAUCGAACCUUUACACAACGUGCCAAUCACUAACCUUAGCAUACCCAUCAAGAGAUGGCGCUUGGCUUUCUCAACUAUCUACUGUUCAAGAGCCUUGUACUCUCAUUUCAAACAAAUCGUAGCAAACAAACACUCCAAAUACCAACGUUCACCAUCCUACACUGCCCUCAAUGUCAACCUAGACCCACCCAACUCCUACAAGAUUAAUCAAAACAGCCUCACGCAACUCAUGAAGCAAAAGAAUGUAGAAGAUCUUGCUCAACUUGGAGGACUUGAAGGCAUAGCUUUGGCUCUUGACACUGACUUGGAAAAUGGGAUUCAUUGUGAUGAUGAGGACAUUGCAUAUAGACAUGAAGCUUUUGGCUCAAACACUUAUUGCAAGCCACCCACAAAGAGCUUGUUUCAUUUUGUGUGGGAGGCUUUGAAGGACCCAACCAUUCUCAUCCUUUUAGUUUGUGCUGCAAUGUCUCUUGGUUUUGGCAUCAAACAACAUGGCCCAAAAGACGGGUGGUAUGAUGGUGGAAGCAUAGUUAUUGCUGUCAUUCUUGUCAUCACAGUCUCGGGCGGAAGCAACUUCAAACAGAACAAGCAGUUUGACAAAUUAUCUGAAGCGAGCGAUAAUGUCCAGGUUGAUGUUGUGAGAGGAGGGAGAAGGCAACAGGUUUCAGUGUUUCAAAUUGUACGACACGGUGAGAGUGAAAAGACUGAAAGAGAGGGGGAGACUGCUGAUGGGUUGUUCAUAGAUGGGCAGUCGUUUGAAGUCGAUGAAUCGAGCAUGACAGGGGAAAGUGAUCUUGUAGAAGUGAAUCGAAGCAUCAAUCCAUUCUUGUUCUCUGGAACCAAGGUAGCUGAUGGGUUUGCUCGGAUGCUUGUCGCUUCGGUUGGAACCAACACCACAUGGGGUAAGAUGAUGAUCAAAAUCAGCCACAACUCCAGUGAGCAAACGCCAUUACAGACCCGUCUCAACAAGCUGGCCUCAGCAAUCGGCAAGGUUGGUUUGGUUGUUGCUUUCCUAGUUCUAGUGGUGUUGUUGGUUCGGUAUUUCACAGGCAAUACAAAAGAUGCAAAUGGAAAUACAGAGUUCAAUGGAAGCAAGACAAAAGUUAAUGACAUUAUUAAUUCUGUUGUGGGGAUUGUAGCUGCUGCAGUAACUAUUGUUGUUGUUGCGAUUCCUGAAGGCUUGCCAUUGGCUGUCACACUUACUCUUGCAUAUUCGAUGAAGAGAAUGAUGGCUGAUCAAGCCAUGGUUCGAAAGCUUUCAGCUUGCGAAACAAUGGGCUCUGCCACUACUAUAUGUACUGACAAAACAGGCACACUUACACUGAAUGAAAUGACAGUCACAAAGUUUUGGCUAGGCCAAGAUUGCAUAGAAGGAAGAGGUUCAAGUACCUCAAUUGCAGCCAAUGUUCUUGAAUUGCUCUGCCAAGGAAUAGCUUUGAACACAACUGGCAGUGUCUACAAGUGCACUUCAGGAUCCGAAUUUGAGUUAUCGGGUAGUCCCACUGAAAAAGCAAUUCUUUCUUGGGGAUUCCUAGAAUUGAACAUGGACAUGGCAGUGUUGAAAGAAAAUUGUAUGGUUCUCCAUGUUGAGGCCUUCAAUUCGGAGAAGAAACGAAGCGGGGUUUUAAUGAAGAGAAAAUUUGACAACACGGUCCAUGUGCACUGGAAAGGAGCUGCAGAAAUGGUACUCGCGAUGUGCUCUCAUUACUAUGAUUGUUCUGGAAACAUGAAAGUUCUGGGUGAUAGUGAAAGAAUGAGAUUUGAUCAAAUAAUUCAAGGCAUGGCUGCUAAUAGUCUCCGGUGCAUCUCUUUUGCUCAUAAGAAAAUCUCAGAAGCAGAGCAUGCAGCAGGAGAAGAUGAUCAGAAGCUAAGUGAAACCUGCUUAGCCCUAUUGGGGAUGGUGGGUCUGAAAGACCCAUGUCGACCCGGUGUGAAGAAAGCUGUGGAAGAUUGUCAAUUAGCUGGAGUAAGCGUCAAAAUGAUCACUGGCGAUAAUAUUUUCACUGCAAGAGCAAUUGCCACCGAAUGUGGGAUACUCAGGCCAAAUCAGGACAUAGGCAAUGAAGCAGUAAUAGAAGGUGUGAAAUUUCGAAACUACACACCUGAAGAGCGAAUUGAAAGAGUUGAAAAAAUUUGUGUGAUGGCCAGAUCUUCCCCCUUGGACAAGCUUCUAAUGGUGCAAUGCUUGAAACAGAAAGGUCAUGUUGUCGCGGUCACUGGGGAUGGCACGAAUGAUGCACCGGCCUUGAAGGAAGCAGACAUAGGCCUUUCUAUGGGGAUUCAGGGGACUGAAGUGGCGAAAGAGAGCUCGGACAUUGUCAUAUUGGAUGAUAACUUUGCUUCUGUAACCACGGUCUUGUGUUGGGGUAGAUGUGUUUAUAACAACAUCCAAAAAUUCAUCCAGUUUCAACUCACUGUGAAUGUAGCUGCACUUGUCAUCAAUUUUGUGGCAGUUGUUUCAGCCGGUGAAGUUCCUCUAACCACGGUCCAGCUUCUGUGGGUGAAUUUGAUCAUGGACACAUUAGGUGCUCUGGCUCUAGCCACAGAGAAGCCCACAAAGGAGCUCAUGACAAAGCUGCCGGUGGGUCGAACCGAGCCACUUAUCACCAACAUCAUGUGGAGGAACCUGCUAGCUCAAGCUCUGUACCAAAUAGCAGUCCUACUGGCCUUGCAGUUCAGAGGCGAAUCAAUAUUGGGGGUGAAUCAGAGUGUGAACAAUACUUUGAUCUUCAAUACUUUUGUGCUUUGCCAAGUCUUCAAUGAAUUCAAUGCACGAAAGCUUGAGAAGAAGGAUGUGUUUGAAGGGAUAUUGAGGAACAGGUUGUUUGUGGGGAUCAUUGGGAUAACCAUUGUUCUUCAAGUGGUGAUGGUGGAGUUUCUGAAGAAGUUUGCAGGUACAGAGAGGUUGAGCUGGGGGCAAUGGGGAGUGUGUGUUGGAAUUGCUUCUGUGUCUUGGCCCAUUGGUUGGGUUUUCAAGUGCAUUCCUGUACCAGAGAAGCCAUUUUGCAGCUAUCUCAAAUGGCAGAACUUGAAAUGCGGUUGCAAAUAAUCAGCUGGAGAUUUCAGUACUUAAUUUGUAGAAUGUGUAACUAGUUCUCUAUCAAAAAAUUAAAAUAUUUAUAGAAAACCACUGUUGAUUAUCCGAGCAGAAGGUUACUGCUUGAUAUUUUCAAA